ACCUCGUGGGACAUGGAACAUGAUGUGAAUGUGCGGAUUUUGGAAGUUUAUCUUAUCUUCACAGUAGAAUAAUCAGUGUUUGCAUGAGUGGAGAUGCAGAAACCUGUUGUGAGAUCACCUGUAUGUGUGUGUGUGUGUGUGUGUGUGAGUGAGAGAGUGAUCUCCUGAUGAAUGGCCUCAGAUUAUGUGGGUGUCAUUUGACCCAUCUGUGCAGCCUGCACCAUCAAACCCUGAUGGCGAUAUCAGGCUCCUGGCCCUUUAAAAGCGCAGCGGCCCGGCGUUGCCCCUCCGCCUCACACUGACUCGAGGAGCUCCAUAUGGCUUCCCCUCGUUGUCUGAGUCGGCAGUAGUAGUAGCCCAGUGUCACCCCAGAGGAGGGGUGGUCGGAAAUAAAGAGCUUUCUCGAGGCGGCAGGUUUGCCGGAGCGCGGCGGGCCAGUUCGAUCUGUCACCGGGAGCUGGAGCUUCCUCUUUGGCGAGGACGAAGGAGGAGAGAGGAGGCGCCGCGGUGGUGCUGGUGCUGCGGCUGCUGCUGCUGCGGCUGCUUCUGCUGCGUCUGUCCUCGCCCAGGUCCGCAGUUGUAGCAGCAGCUGAGUAAACUCUCAACACACAGACUCUGCUCUUCUGUGUGUGUGCGCCACUGCAGCGCACAGACAGACGCACGCAACGCACUGUGCCGUGGAUGAGCUGCGUCCUGCUCACGCGUGGGUGAAUGAGCUGUGAUCACGACGCUUUAUUUCAAAGGGAAAACGGUUGGAGGUGACAAAGGCAGCCAGGCGGGUGAGCUGAAGAAGAGGAGGAGGGGGAGGAGGAGGAAGGAGGGAGUUUACAGGACAUAAAGACACGCGUGUUGCAUCCUUUCCUGCUGCCACUUUAUUUUUGGGGAUCACUUCAGUGGAUCUUCUGUGUGUGUGCGUGUGUGCGUUAGUUAGUGUGCAAAGUUAACGCGCUGUUAAAAACAGGCGAACCCCAGCGGUUGUUUGUUUGCCAUUGUGCAUCCAUCAGCACAUCCAUUAUUUGCGUGGGGUCCCGUGGGCGCGCCUGUGUGCAUUGACGGUAUAUACCUGCAUAAUAAUAGUGACAGACAGCAGGAGCAGGAGGAGGGGUGUGUGUGUGUGUGUGUGUGUUUAUAACUGGAGACAUCACUGUUUCAUCCCCACCGGGCGCAGCACAUGAGCAGCGGCAGAAGAAGCAGCAGCAGCAGACUCUGGACCCGCUUGCUCGUCCGCCGGUUACCGCAAGGCAGAGGAUGAGAUGUCCGGCACCACUUCCCAGGCGGAUCCGGUAGACGCCACGGCGCGCACAGUGCUGCUCAACCGAGCACAGAACACCAAGUUCUGCGACAACCAUGUCAGUACCACCAAGUAUGGAGUUCUCACCUUUCUGCCCAGGUUCCUCUAUGAGCAGAUCAGGCGCGCUGCCAAUGCCUUCUUCCUGUUCAUCGCACUCAUGCAGCAAAUCCCUGAUGUAUCACCGACCGGUCGCUACACCACGCUGGUCCCUCUCAUCUUCAUCCUCACUGUAGCCGGGAUCAAAGAGAUCAUAGAGGACUAUAAAAGACACAAAGCAGACAACACGGUCAAUAAGAAGAAGACAACAGUGCUGCGGAACAGAUCCUGGCAGACCGUCAUCUGGAAACAGGUGGCAGUAGGAGACAUAGUGAAGGUGACCAAUGGCCAGCACCUUCCAGCUGACAUGGUGAUCUUGUCCUCCAGUGAGCCGCAGGCCAUGUGUUACAUUGAGACCUCAAACCUGGAUGGGGAAACCAACCUAAAGAUCAGACAGGGGCUUACGCUCACGGCCAGCUUUCAGGCCCUGGAGGAUUUGGUGGCACUGACUGGUCGUUUGGAGUGUGAAGGCCCAAACCGACACCUGUAUGACUUCACUGGCACGCUGCGGCUAGAGAACCAAAAUCCGGCUCCACUGGGUCCAGAUCAGGUGCUGCUGCGUGGCGCCCAGCUCAGGAACACUCAGUGGGUUGUGGGAAUUGUUGUCUACACUGGUCAUGACUCCAAGCUGAUGCAGAACUCCACCAAGGCACCACUGAAGCGCUCUAACGUGGAGCGGGUGACAAACAUACAGAUCCUGGUCCUGUUUGGUAUCCUGCUGGUCAUGGCUCUGGUCAGUUCUAUUGGCGCUGCCAUCUGGAACAGGGAGCACACUGACAACGCCUGCUGGUACCUGUCCCGGACUGGCGACAUCUCCUUAAACUUUGCCUAUAACCUGCUUACGUUCAUCAUCUUGUACAACAACCUGAUCCCUAUCAGCCUGCUCGUCACUCUGGAGGUGGUCAAGUUCAUACAGGCCCUCUUCAUCAACUGGGACAUUGAGAUGUACUACGCGGAGACAGACACGCCGGCCAUGGCUCGAACAUCCAAUCUCAAUGAGGAACUGGGCCAGGUGAAAUAUCUCUUUUCCGACAAGACGGGAACUCUGACCUGCAACGUCAUGCACUUCAAGAAGUGCACCAUUGCAGGAAUAACAUAUGGCCACUUCCCUGAGCUUGACUGUGAUCGCUCAAUGGAGGACUUCAGCAAUCUGCCGUCCAACAGCAACAACUCCACAGAGUUUGACGACCCGGCGCUCAUUCAGAACAUUGAGAAGAACCAUCCGACGUCACCUCAAAUCAGCGAGUUCCUGACAAUGAUGGCAGUUUGUCACACGGUGGUUCCCGAGAGAGAGGACGACCAGAUCGUCUAUCAGGCUUCCUCACCGGAUGAAGGCGCUCUCGUCAAAGGGGCCAAAGGACUCGGCUUUGAGUUCACAGCGCGGACCCCCGAUUCAGUCAUCAUCGACGCCAGAGGCAAAGAGAUGAGAUACGAGCUGCUGAACGUCCUGGAGUUUUCCAGUAACCGCAAACGCAUGUCCGUGGUGGUCAGGACGCCCGACCGGAAGCUGCGGCUGUACUGCAAAGGAGCUGAUAAUGUCAUUUUUGAACGUCUGAAUGAGGCGUCCCAGUACAAGGACUUAACUAUUAAUCACCUGGAACAGUUUGCUACUGAAGGCCUGAGGACGCUUUGUUUUGCGUACGUGGACCUGGAGGAAGGCGCCUACCAGGAGUGGCUGAAGGAGUACAACCAGGUCAGCACCAUCAUCAAGGACCGCGCUCAGAAACUGGAGGAGUGUUACGAGCUACUGGAAAAGAACUUGAUGCUGUUGGGCGCCACCGCCAUCGAAGACCGCCUUCAGGCCGGUGUGCCAGAGACUAUCGCCACUCUCAUGAGGGCUGACAUCAAAAUCUGGGUCCUCACUGGGGACAAGCAGGAGACGGCCAUCAAUAUAGGUUACUCCUGUCGCCUGGUGACACACUGCAUGUCCCUCAUCAUCGUCAACGAAGACUCUCUGGACGCGACUCGUGCCACUCUGACGGCUCACUGUUCGUCGCUGGGCGACUCGCUGAGGAAGGUGAACGAGCUGGCACUGAUCAUCGACGGUAAGACUCUGAAGUACGCGCUCUCCUUCGAGCUCCGCCAGGCCUUCCUCGACUUGGCGUUGUCCUGCAAGGCUGUCAUCUGCUGCCGAGUUUCUCCGCUGCAGAAGUCCGAGAUUGUGGACAUGGUGAAGAAGCACGUGAAAGCCAUCACGCUGGCGAUCGGGGACGGCGCGAACGACGUGGGUAUGAUCCAGACGGCUCACGUCGGAGUUGGGAUCAGCGGCAACGAGGGCAUGCAGGCCACCAACUCCUCCGACUACUCCAUAGCGCAGUUCUCUUACCUCGAGAAGCUGCUACUGGUCCAUGGAGCGUGGAGUUACAACCGCGUGACCAAGUGCAUCCUCUACUGUUUCUAUAAGAAUGUGGUCCUGUACAUUAUAGAGCUCUGGUUUGCCUUCGUGAAUGGCUUCUCUGGACAGAUCAUUUUUGAGCGCUGGUGUAUAGGCCUCUACAAUGUGAUAUUUACUGCACUACCUCCAUUCACUCUGGGGAUAUUUGAUCGGCCGUGCAGCCAGCAGAACAUGCUCAGAUUUCCGCAGCUUUACCGAAUUACCCAGAAUGCCGAGGGCUUCAACACCAAGGUGUUUUGGGGACACUGUAUCAACGCACUGAUUCAUUCAAUUAUUCUCUUUUGGUUUCCUAUCAAAAUGUUAGAGCACGACUCUCCCUUCCCAAAUGGCCAAGGAAACGACUACCUGUUUGCAGGAAAUAUGGUCUACACCUAUGUGGUAGUUACAGUGUGUCUGAAAGCUGGAAUGGAAACCACGGCUUGGACCAGGUUUUCCCACCUGGCCGUAUGGGGAAGCAUGAUUCUGUGGAUGGUCUUCUUCGCCGUCUACUCCGCCAUCUGGCCCACCUUCCCCAUCGCCCCUGACAUGCUUGGCCAGGCUGGCAAGGUGAUGCAGUGCUGGUACUUCUGGCUCGGCCUGGUCCUGGUGCCGACCGCGUGUUUACUCAAAGACUUUGCUUGGACUGCCAUGCGGCGCUCAGUGAGGAAGUCUCUUCUGGAGGAGGUGCAGGAGUUGGAGGCUCGAGCCGUCGACCCGGGGGCAGCGGUACUGAGAGAUGCCAGCGGCCGCAGUCUAAACGAACGAGCCCAUCUGCUGACAAGAGUAUUUAGGAAAACACCUUCAAGUGUCGGACGCUCGAACUCGGUGCAGCAGACUGUGUCACACGGCUACGCCUUCUCUCAGGAGGAACACGGCGUGGUAUCCCAAUCCGAGGUAGUCCGCUCCUAUGACACCACCCGCCAGCGCCCCAGCCUCUAGCCCCCUCUCUCCCCCCCCAUGCCUGGACUUACCAAGGCUCACCGUAGCAACGGUUAUCAAGGUGACAGCAGAGACAGACUUAUGCGACACCCUCACACCAGGUGAUCGACUUCUGCUGUGGACCAGGACUAUGACCUAGACCCCCUAGCCAGGGGUGGCGGGGGGGUGCGGGGGGUCACGGUCAGACCGUCGCUGGCACAUGAAGGACUAAUAUGAGAGAAGGGACCAGUCCGAAUAUAAUGGAAUACACUUUCACAAGCUGCGCAGGCAUGAGCAAUCCUAUCCAUGCACAGACAUGACAAGUCAAACUCAGACUGCUACUCAUACCUGUAUACCCCCUCAGACUGGGUUUGGAUCAUACCGCUGUGUGUUAAUUGCGUGUGCGUGUGUGUGUGUGUGUGCGCAUCCUACUGUAGUGUGUUUGUAUCUGCCUGUGCAUGUAUGUCUGCACGCACUGGCCCACCUGUGUUUCUGUGCAUACGUGUGUGUGCGUGUGUGUGUGUGUCGGUGUUCCUUGGCUCCCUCUUAUCUCGUGAGGUGCGUUCAGCUCGUCUGUCACCGCAUGCCGACACGGGACGGGAAGGAACGGGAUGUCAAAAUAAACACAUAAACGCUUACUCACCCACUCACUCACUCACACACACACAAGUGCAGAUGAAUGUCCUAAAAAAUACAAGGGAGGGAGGGAAGCAUACUGUAGACUGAGGACCACUGAACCCUGUACCCCCACCUAACUUCACCCCAUCACAGCCACAAGCCUCACUGCCAAACACCACAGAGAAGCCACUGAGGCAGAACACACCUCAAACUGGACCUGACCCCUCCCACCACACAGGGAGCUCCUCUGGCUUAUCUCCCCCUCCCCACAUAUUCUGUCCUUUUCUUCCCAUCUCCUCACCCUAUAAAGAAACAAAAUGAAAAGGGUCCGUCCCGUCUCUUGUGUGUUUACCUCGUCUGACUGCACCUGUGGAUUCCCCCGAUGAUGUCGUCUGUCUUGGCAUUUGCGCUUCCUUCUUCACAUCUGUUUAUUGGACUGUUUCUUUUAAAGUGAACAUUAAUGUGUACGUGUUUAUAUAUAUAUAUAUUUUUUUUUUGUCUCUUUUCAUUAAUGCCUGUUUUUUUUGUACUCAUAUGGUGAGAGACGUCGUAGAGGGGGAUAUUUUACUUGAACUUAGUGCUCGUACGCAUUCAAACAGAGGGGAUUUGAUGGAGACUCUCGUCUGGAUCAUGUGUUUUUCUGGCUCUGGGGUUUUUGUCCUGAAUGUAGAGUCCAUUGUGUGUGCGUGCUCUGUGUUGAGGACACUGUUUCAGGAAUGCUAGACUGAAGGGGGGUAGGAGAAGGGGGGGGGACGUCCACUCAAGUCCUAAUCAUUAAAUCUAAUCAAUCCAUGGCCUGA